AUGUCGCCAAAGAUAGAGUCUGAGAAGCUUGAGGAGACAGCUGCAGUACGCUCAGAGGCACAACAUCUCGGCAAAGAACUAGGAAAGGAUGCGGCAAACUCUACUUCACCCGCCGUUUCCUCUAAAAGUUCUGAGAACGGUGAGAGUAGAGACACAGAGAAAGCGACAGGUACUAGGGGAGCAGAAAAACCACCGCGAGAUAUCCACGGCAUCAAGUGGGGUCUUGCAGUCUUCUCCGUUUUAGCAUCGACAUUUCUCUUCGCCCUUGACAACACGAUCGUUGCCGACGUCCAGCCUGCUAUCGUGGAGAGCUUUGGGGACGUAAGCAAGCUACCAUGGCUCUCUGUAGCUUUCCUUGUCGCCGCAGCAGGCACAAAUCUUGUAUGGGGCAAAAUGUACGCUCAAUUCGAUGCAAAGAUACUCUACCUCAUCACCGUCUUCCUCUUUGAGGCUGGAUCGGCGAUCUGCGGCGCUGCUAAUCUAAUGGACGUUCUGAUCUUUGGUCGCGCUCUCUGUGGCUUUGGUGGCGUCGGCAUGUAUGCCGGUGUGAUGACGCUCCUAUCUGUGACGACGACUGAGCAUGAGCGGCCGAUGUAUAUUGGCCUCACUGGAGUAACAUGGGGUUUAGGCACCGUUUUGGGCCCCAUCAUUGGAGGGGCAUUUACAGACAGCUCCGCUGGCUGGCGCUGGGCGUUCUAUUUGAACCUCGUUAUUGGUGCAAUUUUCGCUCCGGUAUGGUUGUUCUUGCUACCGCGUUUCGAUCCUCGCCCAGGAGUCCCUCUCAGAGAGCGCUAUAGGAAUAUCGAUUAUACCGGGACCAUUCUCAUUUGCGGCGCAUACGUUUCCGGGAUCUUUGCUAUCGACUUUGGAGGCAAUCUUUAUGCAUGGAACUCUGGCCGAAUCAUUGCACUCUUCGUCAUAUCUGGUAUCCUGUUCAUUGCUUUCGGGUCUCAGCAAGGGCUGAAAAUCUUGACCGAUAAGGAGAACCGUAUAUUUCCAGUUGAGUUUCUCCGUUCACGGACGAUGUUGAUUCUUUUCGCGGCCACUGCAUCGGCCAGCACGGCAACCUUCAUCCCUAUCUAUUUCGUCCCACUCUUCUUCCAAUUUGCGCGCAACGCUUCAGCAUUAUCUGCGGGAGUUCAUCUUCUACCGUUCGUUGUCUUCUUGGUCUUCUUCUGUGUCGCAAAUGGGGGCAUAAUGUCAGCAAACGGCUACUACAUGCCAUGGUUCCUUGUCGGGGCUGUCUUGACGGUCAUUGGUGAUGCAUGCUUGUACACCAUCAAUGAAGGUUCUAGUACGGGCAAAUUGUAUGGCUACACCAUUUUAGCCGGCGCGGGAGCUGGUUCCUUUGUGCAAGCGGGCUUCUCAGUCGCGCAAGCGAGCGUUGAUCCUAAACUGAUCCCGGUCGCCAUUGGAUUCAUCACCUGUGCACAAGUUGGUGGCGCCACGAUCUCACUGGCUAUCGCCAAUUCAAUCUUCCUCAAUGGAUCGGUAAAAGACAUCACAAAAUUGCUGCCGGAUGAAUCAGUCAAGAAGGUUCAGGGAGCUGUUGCAGGCGCUUCAUCUGCUUUGUUUGAGCAGCUUGACCCGGACCUACGGCACCAAGUUAUCGUGGCUAUUGUGGACAACAUGAAGAAAGUUUAUAUUCUCGGGAUUACUGCGGGUGCGCUGGUGGUUAUUCUGAGCGUGCUCAUGAAGAGGGAGAAGCUGUUUAUGAAGCCAGCGGCUGCUUGA